UCAAACACCUUUCACAUUUUAACUUCAGCUGAGGGAUAUUAAAGAGAAAAUAUAUUUCAGGCAAUGAUAGAAAAGAACUAUUUUAUAAUUACUAGUUAUUGAUUUGUUUCUAGUAAUUUCAUAUUUACUAAUUUACAAAUAACUCUUUGAGCUCUUGCAUGUGCCAGGCAUUGCACUAGGCCUGCGACAGGCCCAGAACUGAUACUGCAUUAUCCCUAUUUACAGAUGCAGACAGUGAGGCCCACUGAGGUUAGGUGAUAGCUCAGACCGCCAAGCUAGUGUGGCAUGGGCAGGAACGACCACCCCUGGCCCCCGGUCUUUUGGUCAUAACGGAGCUCUUCUGCAAGCCACGUCCGGAUACCCAUGUUUGAUUUUACUCUGUCCGUAUUGGCUGGGAGACUUCCCUGAAUUCAGGUGGGGGCCGUUUAGUCAGUUAAGAGCAAGUGGGACUCAGUGUCCCCAUCUGUGAGAUGGGGAUGCCCCGCCCAAACGCGGUCUCCUCCCCAAGCCGGUGCUGAGCCAAAAGACAGGCAACCUCCGGGAGAGGCGAGGAAGGGAGGCUGUGGCGCAGGUCUUCCGGCCGCCCCGGGAGGGAGGAAACGGACGGGCGGCGGGGGGGCGGGUUUUUGGCGGGACCUACCCUGGGGCGGGCGCGUCCCGGGCGGCCUGCGCGGCCAUGGCGCUCCCGCUCGCAGCUGUGCGCGUCCUGCUGGGCGGCUUCUUCGCGCUCACGGGGGGCGGCCAAACUCUCGCCGCAGAUCUCGGCUCCGGUGUCGGAGCAGAUGCCCUGUCCAAGGUGGUCCCGGCAAGCCCCAGGAGAGGACCUUCACCAAGUCCAAGGUCCGAGAUGAACAGCAGCGCUGGGGACCUGGGUGUUGGCGGCUGCAGCCCCUGGGAUGACCCUGCUCGCUUCAUCGUGGUGCCAGCGGCCUACGCCUUGGCACUCGGCCUCGGGCUGCCAGCCAACCUGGCGGCCCUGGCAGUGUUCGUCCGCAGCGGCAGGCGCCUGGGCCAGGCCCUGCGUCUCUACCUGCUCAACCUGGCGCUGGCCGACGUGCUCUUCACGCUCACGCUGCCGCUGUGCCUGGCGCUGCUCAGUCUCAACAGCUGCUUGGACCCGCUCAUCUACUGCUUCUCCGUGCGCCGCUUCCGCCGGGACUGCUGGGCUCUGAGUUGCCGCCCCGAGGCCGGGGCGCCCGGGGCGCACGCAGCCUCCUUGGCCUCCUCUGCCUCCUCCUGA